AUGAAUUUCUCUACUACCGUAACUAAAUCUCUGGGUGGAGAUGAUAAAUGGUAUGACAAUGAAUUUACUAUAGAUACUGGCAGUCCACCAACCCGAUGGACUAGAGUCAAAGAUUCCUUCAGAAGAAAAGAAGAUAAUACCGUUAUAGAACAAACUUUAAGACCAUCUCAAUUGAAAAUGAUCAGUUUAGCUUCAUGUAUUGGAUCAGGGUUAUUUAUUGGUGUUGGAUCAGCUUUGUCAACUUCAGGUGCUGGUGGUCUAUUGAUAGGGUUCGCUAUUGUUUCGACCUAUUUAUAUUGUGUGAUGCAAAGUUUAGCAGAGUUGGUUGCUGUGUUACCCAUUCAAGGUUCUUUUGCAGCUUAUUCGAAGAGAUUUGUUGAUCCAUCAUGGGGGUUUGCUGUUGGAUGGAAUUAUGCAUUAUUUUGGGUGGCCGUUUUACCCUUAGAGCUUGUAGCUUCAGCCAUGACCAUCAAAUUCUGGCCGUCUGACAUCAAUCCUGUUGCUUGGGUAGCUGUGUUCUAUGUGUUGAUCAUUGGAUUGAAUUUGUGUGGGAAUAGAGGUUUUGGUGAAGCUGAAUUUGUAUCAGCCAUAAUUAAGUUGAUAGCCAUUUUAGGAUUCAAUAUCUUAGCCAUAAUUAUCAUCUGUGGUGGUACAGAUGCUGGAUUUGUUGGUGCUAAACAUUUCAAACAUGCUUUCACUAAUGGUGCAAAAGGUACUAUUUCAGUAUUAAUCACCGCUGUAUAUUCAUUAGCUGGUACAGAGUUAGUGGGUUUAGCAGCCAGUGAAUCUAAAGGUAAUCCUAGAAUCGAAUUACCCAGAUCAAUCAAAUUAGUGUUCUACAGAGUUAUGGUGUUCUAUAUGUUGACCAUCACUUUAGUAGGUUUCUUAGUACCUUAUGAUUCUCCCAAAUUAGUAGGUGCAAGUUCCUCUGAUUCAUCAGCUUCACCUUUUGUCAUUGCCAUCAAUUCUGCUGGUAUCAAAGUAUUACCUUCCAUCUUCAAUGUAGUGGUUUUGAUAGCUUUAUUGGCAAUUGGAAAUUCUGCUGUUUUCGGGUUUUCAAGAACAAUUCUUUCAUUGGCAGAACAAGGUUUGGCUCCUAAGAUCUUCACUUACGUGGAUAGAGCAGGAAGACCUUUAGUGGGAAUCCUUACUGCUGCUAUAGUAGCAUUAUUAUCAUUUGUGUCUGCAUCAUCAAAAGUAGAUGAAGUUUUUGCCUGGUUGAUGGCCCUUCUGGGGAUGUCAUGUAUCUUCACCUGGGGAAGUAUCUCCUUAGUUCACAUACGUUUCAGAAUGGGUAUGAAAGCCCAAGGAAGAUCGUUAGAUGAAUUGCCAUACCUUUCUAACACGGGAUUUUUCGGUGGUAUCGUUGGGUUUGUUACUCUGAUUGUCCUUAUCUGUUUACAAUUCUGGACUGCUUUGUUCCCUGUGGGAGGUAAACCCAAUGCUGAAGUGUUCUUCAAAAAUUAUCUUGGUGCUGUUGUGGUGUUGGUAUUCUUCGUGGGUCACAAGCUUUAUACUAGAAAGUUCAAUCAAUUGGUACCACUCAAGGAAAUGGAUUUGGAUAGUGGUAGAAGAGAGACAGAUUUGGAUUUGUUGAGACAAACUAUUGCAUUAGAGAAAGAAGAGUACAAUCACUUGCCUUUCCAUAAGAAAUUAUACCGUAUAUUAUUUUAA